AUACCUCAUUCAGUUUGUAGUUGUAUUCCUAGUGGGCAUCAUCUAUCUAUUCUUUAAAUGGUGCAUCACAAAUAAUAAAAUUGCCGAUAACAAAUCAAAUAUGGUUGAAUUAAGUUUUAUUGAAAACAUCCAAAAUGUUUGCCGAUUGUGUUUGCGGUCCGAAGAAAAUAUGCAAGAAAUAUUUGAAUGUACAGAGUUUGAUAGAAUUCCAUUAAUUGAAAGGAUUUUCUUGUAUUAUCAAGUAAAAAUUGCUCGGGAAGAUGGUUUACCAAACAAAAUUUGUCAGGAUUGUUUUAAUUUUACAGAGACAUUCACUAGUUACUAUAACAGUGUUCAAAAAUGUGAAGCUAAACUACAAGCUUUAAUUUGCACUGCUGGAGCGUUAGGUACAAAAAUUCAACAUAAUAAAUCUCAAGGAUCUGAUUCUGGUGGAAAAUCAAAUAGUAAUUAUACAGAGAUAUUACCAGAUGACGAUUGUGAAGUGGUUGUGAUUGAUCCAAAUCAGGACUAUGAAAGUUCUGAUGAUAGUUUUUCAGAAAGUGAAUAUACAACACCAACUUCACGGAGUACACCACAACCCGUGCAAGUGUCUAACACUGAACCUGUGACAAGAGUAGAUACAAUAGUUGAAGUCUCUAAUAACAAUACAAAUAAUAAUGACCAUGACAUUGAGGCUAUCGAUGUAGAAUUAGAAAACCGUAAUGCAUUCCUGUGUCAAUAUUGUGAUAUGGCUUUUAUUGGAGCAACUGAAUGUGCAGAACAUGAAAGGCAUCAUGAUGAAAAUGCUCCUCAUACAUGUACAUAUUGUGCAUUUAGGUGUCCUGACAGGCAAACAUUAAUUAAUCAUGUCAAAGAUAAUCAUAAUGACAAACCUUACAUCUGUGUUGUUUGUAGUAAAGGUUUUGGUCGACGUUCUGAUCUCAAGAAGCAUGCAAUUGUUCAUACUGGUAUAAGACCGUUCUCAUGUUCAGUUUGUAGUAAAAGUUUUUCAAGGAACACCAAUUUAACAAAGCAUAUGCGAAUACAUACCGGUCUUAAACCAUUCGUUUGUCAAAAAUGCCCAAGAUCUUUCACUUCGAGUGCCGAAUUAGAAAAGCAUCAACGAAUACACAAUGGUAUUGAUAAACCGUUUAAAUGUCAAAAAUGUGAUGCUAGCUUUAAUCGCAAAGAUAAAUUACAAAGUCAUCUCAAAAUGCAUCUAAAAAAAGAAGCUGCCGAUGCUAUCAACAUAAGACUAAAUCAAAGCGAUCCUGGACAAUUCGGAAAUAUUUCAUCAAUAAAUAGGCCGAUUAGUCUUUCAAAUUUUGGUAACGAUAUGAAUGUUUCUCAAAUUAAUAACAGUAAUAUGCUAAUUAAAGACGGCAUUGAUUUAUUAAAUGAAAAUAUGGUAGUUUCGCUCGAUCAAUUCAAUAAUAGAAAUAAUAUUAAUACAAAUUCCAUUAUGAACACAAAUCUUAAUAAUUUGGGUAUGAAUUAUGAAAAUCGAACGAAUGAUUUCUUACACCAACAACAACAGCAUUUUCAAAAUAAAUUGCCAUUUGCGCAACAACAGCAAUUCUUAUUAUCUGGCAAUCAAUUGCAACAUUCCCACAUGCAACAAGUUACAGAUCUUCAGCAUAUACAACCAAUAUCAAUUGGAAAUAUAAUGAUGCCACCUCCACCUCCAAUACAGAAUAUUGUUAACAUGAAUCUUGGCUCACAAUAUAAAAUUCAACUUCCUCCACAACAGCAGCAGCAACCGAAAAUAAAAACUGAGCCUAUUGAAAAAUCAAAGCGUAGUGGCAUUCACAUUUGCUCAAUAUGUACCAAAGCUUUUACUAGAAAAAGAGAACUUCAGCGUCAUGUUGUUAUUCAUUCAGGACAGAAACCGUUUGCAUGCAUUUUUUGUGGCAAACGUUUUAAUAGGAAGGAUAAGCUGCUGCGUCAUGAAAAAAUUCAUCGUGACGGUAAAUUUCCAUGUCCAAAAUGCAAACUUGAUUUUGCGAAGCAAGAAACUUUAGAUAUCCAUUUACAAUUACAUGAAAAAGUUGAAAGAGCAUCUCAACCACAACCUCCACCGGAACCCCAAGAACAGGCACAACCUAAAAUACCAAAUUUUCUACAAAGUCUUCAAGUUGGUGUUACACCACAAUUGAAUUUUUAUAGUGAUACAAUAUGAUUAAAAUAUGGACAUUUAUUACAAUGAAAAUGGAGUAGAUAAAUACAAUUUCUGACAUAAUAGUUAAUUAAUAUCAUAAUAACUUCAACCCAUAUAUUUCAAUUAUAUGUGAAAAGGAAUUUAACAGUAUUGGUAUUUAUGUGUGAAUAUUCAAUAAAAUUAAGAACUGGAAAUAUGCACAUAUUCCAGAUUUAUUUAAAUUAUAUUUUGGUUAAUUUAUUUUGGAGAUCUAGACUGAUAUGGAAUAACUUGUGUAAGAUUUGUCAAUUAGUUAAUUGUUUUAAUUAAUUGCAUAAUAAUAAAUACUUAAAAAACUUAAUA